AUGACGAGACGGUCGGCUGCAAGACCUUUUAGUCGACACGGGCUCGCGGGAGCGCCGGUCGGGACGGAAGGCGCCCGUCCCCGCGGCGGUGGAAGGUUUGUGUUUGAGGACCCUCAGCUGGUUGCCUGGCGUUUGCUCGCGCUGUACGGUUGCCUUACCACUUCGGUGCUGUCGGCCUCCUUAGGGCUGGAAGAAUCCAAGACCGGCAGCUCUCUGUCUCCAGGGGAGCAUCGCUGGGCUGUGGUGCCCGUAAGAGCUAAUGAGCCAAAUGGCACCUCUGUGUGGGCUUUGGAGAGAGAAAGUGUCCCGGAUGGCCGCCUCUGGGGCGGCAGUCCUUCCCCCCUGUGUCUGGCUCAGGGCUGCCUCUUCCCUUUCUCAACUCUCGGGCUGCCUUUCCCGGCUCUCCCAGCUGUAGCCAGUGACCACUGCCAUCGAGCUGGGCCCCCAUGCCGGUGGUUGUGGCUGUUACUCCCCACUUCAGCUCCACCUCAGAGUGGAGGCGUCUGGUGCCAAGCUGUGGGCCGCGCGGCAGGCCCUGGUCUCAGGCGGGCAACGCGCCGCAGGGCGGCCAUGGUUGAAAUACUUAAGGUAAGUGAAAUGAAAAAACUAAUAAAGGGGAUUACUUACCUUGACCAUGCCGGUUCAGCGCUUUUCCCAGAGAGUCUACUUAAAGCUUUUACUGAUGACCUCAGGAACAACAUUUAUGGCAACCCUCAUAGUCAGAAUAUCAGCAGCAAGCUGACAUAUGACACAAUCGAGCAUGUCCGAUACAGAAUAUUGCAACACUUUCACACUACUGCUGAAGAUUAUACCAUCAUUUUCACAUCUGGAUGCACAGCUGCACUUAAACUGGUAGCAGAAGUGUUCCCUUGGAUACCUGAAGGCACAAAGCAACCCAGCAGUCGAUUUUGUUACCUAACUGAUAGCCACACAUCUGUGGUGGGUAUGAGGGGGAUAACCGCCUCAAUGAAUGUCUUGUCUGUUCCAAUAAAACCAAAGGAAAUCUUUUUAUCAGAAAAGAACAAGUUACCAACUGAAGAACAAAACUGCACGACACCUCAUCUUUUCUCUUAUCCAGCUCAGAGCAAUUUUUCUGGUACCAAAUAUCCCCUUUCAUGGAUACAGGACAUAAAAUCAGGAAAACUCCACCCCAUCAAAAUACCAGGGAAGUGGUUUGUUCUACUAGAUGCAGCUUCAUAUGUGAGCAGUUCUCCAUUAGACUUGGGAGUUCACCAAGCUGAUUUUAUCCCCAUCUCAUUCUAUAAAAUCUUCGGAUUCCCAACUGGUUUAGGGGCAUUAUUGGUAAACAACCGGAUUGCCCCCCUCUUGAGGAAAACCUAUUUUGGAGGUGGAACUGCAGCUGCCUACCUUGCAGGAGAGGACUUUUAUUACCCAAGGAAAUCUAUAGCAGAAAGGUUUGAAGAUGGCACAGUCUCUUUUCUUGAUAUCAUUGCUCUGAAACAUGGAUUUGAUGUUCUGGAAAAACUCACAG